UGAGACGCCUCUGUUUGGCCACUUUUAUGCUGAAUGGCAGUUUAUGCAUGCAAAUGAACAUACAGCUGCUAAACUAAUCGGAGGUAAACAGAGCACACAACAGUUUGCAAUGCGUGUGUGCUAAAUCCUUCGACAUUAUCGAUUCCAUGUUCGUCGUAAUCCCUGAAACCUGGCAAUCUCAUGGUUCGCGGGUAACACGGUUAAUGUAACAACUCGAUACACCAGAGACUUGCUGUAUUUUCUGGCCGAAGGGCACUGCAUCUACCGAGGUCCGGUUAACUGCUUGAUCCCUUACCUCGCUUCACAGGAUCUAGUGUGUCCAUCCUAUCAUAACCCAGCGGAUUAUUUCAUGGAGGUAGCGUGUGGUGAACACGGGGACAAUGUGCUUCGUCUUGUGUUAGCACUACGCCGCGGUUUACUGGAUCAAGUAAUAACAAGUCUCGUGAAGCCACAUUCAAUAGAAAAUGUAAACGGAGCAAGUUCGCGUCACGCGUCACCGGGAUUUCUGGACUCGGACUUGACGAUUGCAGAUGAGCGUUCUCCGUUAGUCCUGGGAGGAAUGAACAAUAGUAAUUCCGAAUGCAAUCCAUGUCGGCAAAAUGCUGUGGACCAAAAGAGGGAUGAAACAUCAGUGCAGCUAGAUUUUCGAUGCAACGGACCGUCUAAGAAGACCGAAUCGAAGGCUGCGGGUGAGGAGGCGCGACACUCUCGAUCGUUCGAAACCAGUCUGUUGACGCAAUUUCGUGUUCUGUUUGUCCGCAGCAUUCUAUCCAUCGUCCGCGAUACGCUGCAGUUCUUAAAACUAAACAUCAAGCAAGUUCGCAACCAUAUUGGGACCUAA